CCCCCCCCCGUUGCUACUUACGCGUGCCUGGUGGUGAGCCAGCCCCCGAGCGAGCGAGCAAGUGAGCGUGAGUGAGAGUGGGAGUGUGAGAGUGGGAGAGAGAGAAAGAGAGAGUUCGUGUUGCGGUCCGCCCACGGCCAUGGCCCUCCUGCCCUGCUUCCUUCGGCUUCUAAAACCGCCUGAGAUUCGGUGCUAGGCCGAGGAAAUAGUCGUAGCCGGGGCGAAUUGGAGCCGACAGUCCUGGGACGAUUUGAGGGAGCGAUCGGUGAUGGUCGUGGGAGGCUGAUGUGGAGCAGGAUUUUGAGAUGAGGGAGAGGUGGCCGACCGUAAUGGUUUUUUUGUAGUGCAAUGUAGCGGUCUGGGAGUAUAUGAGGAGUGUUGUAUGAGUUUUGGUGUCGGCGAGGCGACGCCGUGGUUUUGGUCCCGUUUCAGUUUGACAGAGUGAGGGUUUUGGUGAAGUUUUGACCGCACACGAGAAUGUUUAGCGUAGGGCGGAGGGAGAGGGAGGAGAAGAGGACAAAGAGUAUGAUAAGGUGCCAGAUCAAGCAGAGCGGGGCGGGGCGGGGUGGUGCUUCCGGGAGGGAGCACCAGCACCAUCGUCAUCACCAUGUCGGCGACGGAGGUGCGGUAUUCGAGACUAGUUAUGCCUCAUACAAGAUGGGGACACCCAAGGGGAUGGUGACCGGAGGAGUUAUUCACAAGAGUAAGGGUACGGACGAGGUGGAACGAAUGAAGGCGAAAGGGGAAUCACAGACGGGGGCGAUUGCACAGGGCGCGGAGACGCCGUUGUGGACCAUGUUACCUAAGGAUCUGAUUGAGAAAGUGUUUGCAUUCCUGCCCUUGCACAGCUUGUUUCAAGCGCGAUGCGUGUGUAAGUGUUGGAAGAGCGUGGGCUUUUCGAACAAUCUUGUGAAGCUGCGGGCAGAAGCGCCCGUCUCGCCCCCAUACUUCCCCGUUUUUUUGUCGAAGGGCGAGGACCGGCGAUGGUGCGCUUACGAUCAUGUGCAGCGUAAGUGGCUGUACCUACCACCGCUCACAUUCCUCCCGAAAGAAGCGAAGCAUAUCCUGGCCGGCGAUGGCGGGCUUCUAUGCUUGAGUGAAUCGCCAUCCACGGCAUUAAACUAUGUAUGCAAUCCCGUAACCCGUAGCUUAAAGAGAGUGCCAUCGCUAUCCCAGGACUACGAGCCUGGAAUCACGCACAUGGUAGUGAAUGGGAAGAGCCAGGGUUUCAAGAUGAUUGUUACACUCACCCAUUAUCUGGAAAGUACGCAUGUUUUUGAGUCACGGAAAAAUUCGUGGCAAGCUACGAGCUGCUUACCCCCGCACUUCUUGCUCUGGGGAAGGCGAAGCUCUGCGUACUGCAAAGGCUUUCUUUACUGCGUGGCUCUGGAAAUUGGCGGCAUGAACAUGGAAGGACUCAUUGCAUACGAUGUUAAUUCCGGCGUGUGGACCGAUGUGCAUGGGCUUCCCAGGGGCAUGAGGGACGAUCCUUAUGUGCUGUCAUGUGGCGGUCGAGUCCUUGUGGUCGCUGCCCAGAAAAAUACGAAUGGCCGGCUCACGAGUAUCCGAAUCGUGGAAUUCGAGCCUGUUUCCAAACGGUUUCUCGAGGUCACUGAGAUGCCUCAGAAUGUGAUGCUGGACGUUUUCAAAUGCAGGGGCGGAUGGAAGCCUGUGGCGUUUGGCGACAAGAUAUGUGUGGCAUCUAAAAAGACUCUCUCGGUUGCGGUUUAUGAUAUGGUGCGCAGAUCGUGGCAUGAAUUGCCCAAAUGCCCCCUUAAUACCAAGUCUUCCACUUGCGUGCGCUGUCACACGGCUUUUUUAACAAAAAUUAUGCUGCUCUACCUCCGACAUGCGCGCAAUUGGAUCCUUGUAAAUUCUGGACUUCAGGUUUCAAGUUUUCUGUCUGGUAUCAUAUUUUUAUCAAAUUGCGUGCUUGGUUUUAUGUCUACUGAUUCUUUGAGUCUUAUUGCAGAAUGCUCUCUACUCAUUUAUGAAAGUGAUUGUGGCAUUUCAAUUUUAAAAUUUAAUUUUUUUUGCGAUGGUCUCGUGAUUGAAUUAUACUUCCAAAUGGACAACUCCACUGAGCUUUAUAGUAUACGUGACCUGAUUUGUGUAAUCUGUUCCAAAUUUUACACGAGUGGUUUCUGAAGUUGUAGUUUCUCAAUUUCCCGUAUUUAUCAUCGUACAUUAUCGCAGACUCUGGGCAAUGUGGGGUUGAGUUUCUUCAUAGAAAAGCCUAUGACUCCUAGGAGUUGGUGUUAAUGACACAGCUUGUAGCGCACUGUUCAUCUCUUUGUCCAAGAUGCAGCGACAUCCAAUCGAUCUGCCAUUGACGCCCACCGAGAAAUCCAUGGUUUGUACCAUUCAUUUGCCUCUUCUUGCUCGCUUUUGUUUGCAGCUUUGGCGGUAAACGUCAAUAGAAUUCAUGAAUUCAAGUGCCUUGAUCCAUCCAGCGGUUAGAUCGGAGCCCCCAUUCUUGAGUAGAAACCAGACGCUGGUUCAAAUGUAGCCUCUCAGGUAAACAAUUUGUCUAAUAGUGAAAUAAUAUAUUUGUUUCUGUUAGCUGACCUUCUCUUAUCCUACGGGAUCGGUGUGGGUCUCGAUGCAUUAGACACCAAAGCAACAGUGCACCCGAAAUCAUAUCUGAGGUCCAACGCGAUCUCACUAAAACCACGGCGUUUUGUGUUAAAAUAUAUUGCAAUAUCCUCUCUCCCUCGAGGCUCUUCCACCUCAGCACUAACGUUGUCCUCGCAGUUGUAACAAACUUUGCCAGUAUGAUUACAUGCAAAAUUCCAAAAACCUUGUAAAGCUGUGAGUGGCCAACAUCUUCCCUUUACCGUUUUCAGCAUGCCGUGCGGACAUUCUAGCAGUCCAUGGUAGGGAAACUGAUAAGGUGCAGUCCGAUCUCCCAAAGCACGGUUUUGUUGUGAGGGAUCUGACCUUCAAAUCUCUCAAGUGUGCUCAUGACACACCCAAUCUCUCAGUAGCUCUAUGAGCUGGAUAAUAUAAAGGUCAAUAUUGAGCUGAAGCCCACACAUCAACAACAAACACAUCAGCUGGUCAUUUUCAGAUGCCAGCAUUCAACUUAGGGAACUGUAGAAAAGCAUGAAAUCACUAAGUGUGGAGGAGGCAGUUGGAAAGAGUGACCCAGCCUGCUUGGGGACAACCAAAACCCAAAAAAAACAUUGCAUAUAAAAAAGAGAAUAAAUAUAAAAUAUAAAAUCAA